UCAGCACCACCGGCACCAUCGGCACCAUCAGCAGCAGCAGCAGCAGCGACGGCAGAGCCCGAGCCCGAACCUCCGAUGGCGUCGAAUGAAUCCAACAUGGAGCCGGCAAUGACAGAGCAGGAACAAACCCUGCAGAGGGAGAUCGACAAACUGCGCUCCGAGAACCUGACCCUCAAGAGCGAGAUCGAGGAGAUAAGGACGGAAAUGGACGAAAUGAGAGACAGUUUCUACGAGGAAGACGCCUGCCAGCUCCAGGACCUCAGGAGGGAGCUGGAGCGGGCCAACAAGAACUGCCGGAUCCUGCAAUACCGACUGCGAAAGACCGAGAGAAAGCGCAUGAGAUUCGCGCAGACCGGGGAAAUGGACGGGGAGCUCUUAAGAAGUCUGGAACAAGAUCUUAAGGUCGCCAAAGACGUGUCGGUCAGACUGCACCACGAAUUGGAAAACGUGGAAGAGAAACGCACCAAAACCGAGGAAGAGAAUGAGACUCUCCGCCAGCAGCUGAUAGAGGCAGAAAUCUCCAAACAGGCUUUACAGAAUGAAAUGGAGAAGGUAAAGGAGACUUCCUCAAAACGCAGAGGGAGUAAAGAUCUGCAAAAGUCUGAGAAGAAAACCCAACAGGCAAUUCAAGAGGAGGACAACGACGAUCUAAAAUGUCAACUCCAGUUUGUCAAAGAAGAAGCGACCUUAAUGCGGAAGAAAAUGGCAAAAAUUGAUAAAGAAAAGGACAGACUUGAGCGGGAGCUGCAAAAGUACAGGUCCUUUUAUGGUGAUCUGGAUAGUCCUUUGCCCAAAGGUGAAGCUGGAGGACCUCCUACUACCAGGGAAGCUGAACUCAAACUUCGCCUCCGUUUGGUGGAAGAAGAAGCCAAUAUACUGGGAAGAAAGAUAGUUGAGCUGGAGGUUGAAAAUAGAGGCUUAAAGGCUGAGUUGGAUGAUAUAAGGGGUCACUAUGAAAAAGAAGGGGGAAGCGGUGAAGAUUAUGUUGGUCCCGGUGGCGCCACUUUCCGGGAUCAAAGUGAAGCUGUUUCAGAGCUAAGACAGAACUUGCAGUUAGUUGAGGACGAAGCUGAGUUGUUGAGACGAAGCCUGGCUGAUUUGGAGGAUCAGAACAAGCGGCUCUCGACUGAAGUCAAUAAAUACAAGUAUAAAACAGGGGGUGCCCAGGACGCAUCUAGGAAUAACGAUAAUUCCAAAGUUACAGACCUCCUCCAGGAGGAACUCAAAGCUGCCAGAAUGCAGAUCAAUGAACUAAGCGGCAAAGUCAUGCAGUUGCAAUAUGAAAACCGAGUGCUGAUGUCCAACAUGCAGCGCUACGAUCUGGCAUCCCACUUGGGCAUUCGCAGUAGCCCCAGAGACAGUGACGCAGAAAGCGAUGGAGGGAAAAAAGAAAGCGAUGACGAUUCUCGCCCCCCUCAUAGAAAAAGAGAAGGGCCUAUCGGUGGAGAAAGCGACUCCGAGGAAGUUCGCAACAUCAGAUGCUUGCAAUCUCCACCACGGUCUUUGUUCUCUACUGAUGGAAGAUUGCUUCAAAAAAACCUCAAAGACAGGCAGCAGAUGUCCGACAUAAGACUGGAGGCAGAACGACUGAGCAGAACUAUAGAUCGGCUGAUCAGUGACACAAGUACCAUCAUAACCGAAGCAAGAAUUUACGUAGCAAAUGGUGAUCUUUUUGGGAGAAUGGAAGAAGAGGAUGAAAGCGGCAGGAUCAGAGAACAUGAGCUUCUCUACAGAAUCAAUGCUCAGAUGAAAGCGUUCAGGAAGGAACUACAAACGUUCAUAGACAGACUAGAAGUUCCGAAAACAUCUGACGAAAAAAAUCAAGAGGAACCUUUGUCCAUCAGUCAGAAUCCCCAUCUUCUUCAGUGUACUACCUUUUUAGUUUAUUUUGUUUAUUUUAAUACCCCAUCAAGAAAACAACCAAUACAAAAUAAUACACACCAGGAUCAUGAAUCACCAUUUGCAAGGCUUUGUAAAAUACUGGAGACUAACAAUUUUUCAACAUGGAUUAUUACAUGCAACCAUUUGGACAGUGGAUGGAGGGUGUGAUCUGGCUUCUACUCAGCCCUUUCCUGUAGCAGCAGAAAUCAGCAAACCCAUCAAAAGUGAACCUCUUCAGC